AUGUCUACUGUCCCAAGUGUUCAAACUUUCGGUAAGAAGAAGUCUGCCACUGCCGUCGCACACGUUAAGGCCGGUAAGGGUUUGAUCAAGGUCAACGGUUCCCCAAUCACCUUGGUGGAGCCGGAAAUCUUGAGAUUCAAGGUUUACGAGCCACUUUUGUUGGUCGGUUUGGAUAAGUUCGCCAACAUCGACAUCAGAGUCAGAGUCACCGGUGGUGGUCACGUUUCUCAAGUGUACGCCAUCAGACAAGCCAUUGCUAAGGGAUUGGUAGCUUACCACCAAAAAUUCGUUGACGAACAAUCCAAGAACGAAUUGAAGAAGAUCUUCACCUCUUACGACAGAACUUUGUUGAUUGCUGAUGCCAGAAGACCAGAGCCAAAGAAAUUCGGUGGUAAGGGUGCUCGUGCUAGAUUCCAAAAGUCCUACCGUUAA